AUGUGGGACUCCUUUGAGUCUCCACUUGGUGCAGCAGCUGCUGAGUUUUCUUCUAGAGCUGUACCAGCAGUUUUACAAACUUUAGGUUUUAAGAGGAGCCCUGCUGAUGCGCUAGUGGAAGCAUUCCUUAGGACAGAUGCUGCCUUCAUAAAAGAGCUUGAUUCUUUUCGCAAAUCCAGUAGAUAUAUUCAGAAGGAUUGGCAUCCUGGUUGUACUGCAAUUACUGCUCUAGUAGUUAGGAACAGGCUAUUUGUUGCUCACAUUGGUGAUUGCAGGGCAAUCUUAUGUCGUGCUGGUAAUCCCAUUGCUCUAACUGAGGAUCAUGUCGCUAGCCGUCUUCAAGAGAGAGAGCGUGUUAUUCGUUAUGGGGGCCAUGUACAUUGGCAAGUUGAUACCUGGAGAGUUGGUCUUCCUGCACUUCAGGUUACACGUUCUAUUGGCGACGAUGACCUGAAGCCUGCUGUAAUUGCAGAACCUGAGGUAACAGAGAGCAACUUAAGUGCAGAGGAUGAAUUUCUGGUUAUGGUUAGCGAUGGCCUCUGGGAUGUUAUGAGCAGUAUGGAGGUGAUAGAUAUAAUAAACAAGACUGUUAAAGAGCCUGGAAUGUGUUCUAAGAGGUUGGCUACUGAAACAGUAGAACGUGGCAGCAAAGAUAAUAUUACAGUUAUUGUCGUUUUCUUACGUCCAGUAUCUACAGCAGAGAGAAUUUAUUAGAUUUCUUUUUAUUCUAAUUGAAACUUGUCAAAUAUGGAAUAUGUAACUUGUUAAUUAAGUACACUUGGCUUGUCCUAGAAGGUUAGCUCAAAUGGUAAGAGUUAGGGGACAUAAGGCUUUGAGAGGGUAAAGGAUGAAUGGUUCAGGGUUCGAACCCUGAGGAGAACUAAUUUACUAACGUCACUAAAAACUAACAUUUGCCUAAAAAAAAAAACAGUAGACUUGGCUUAAGGUGUUGGUUUUGACAAUUUGGGCUAUCCCCUCCUUUAUCUAUGCUCUUUAUGAUUAAAAUUAUUGUACAAAUAGGGAGAUGAAUGGGUGGGUUUCCAGCGAAGCUAUGCUUGGAGGAGUGUUUGGGGCAUUAGAAAUCAAUGUUAUUAAACUCGAUUUGGUUUGGUGA